AUGCGGAGGGGAUUCGAAAUAGCUCUGCGAAAGCGCUGGAAGACGAAAGAGCUCAUCGCGGGACCCGUGUCAGGCUUAUCGGCGCGAUCAUCGACGAGUAUCGCAACCGAAGGGAAGACCGUGCGCCGAAUGAACAAUCAACAGGAAGAUCUACGACAAACACAACACAGGAUGUUUGGCCGUAAGAAGGAAGAAAAGAAGGAAUCAGCAACUGACGACUACUUACGAAAAGCAAAAACGAUGCCAAAGCCCGCUCAUUCCGAACGGAACAAUACCUUGAAGAUUACUGUACCUGGGGUUGAUCUGCAACCGAAAUUAACUCCUGCACCUCCACCUCCACCGAGUAACGCUCCACCAACUCUGAAUUACGAAUAUAGUCCUGGCCUGUACGAUACCCCCAUUGGUUCACCACCCAUGCGAUUUCAUCCACCUGCACCACCGCCGUAUCCUCCUCCGACUCUCGUUCCACCUACCAUUUGGCCUCAAGUGUCAAAAAAUUCACUGUUGUUAAAGGAGGAGCAAUUUGAUGAGGUCUCAUUCACGCCUCCUCAUGCGGCGAAACUGACAUCAGCCGAGAAGUCAAGCUCGAAGGAUGUGACCAGUUCAAGUCAACUACAAACACCAUCAGUUUUUGAGGUUUCGGAGUUCCUCCAGCAGCUCGAUCCACUGGCACGACGUGAGGCGGUUAAUGGUACGAGUGAUAAGCCAAUUCCAGAAGCAUACAUCUACUGCUCCAAAUCAGAUAUCCCCAGGGACCAUGUAUAA